AUGGCGGCGGCCAAGGGGAGCAAGGGCUCGGAGGGAUCAGGGGGCAGCCGUUUGGACAGGCUGCUGAGGGUGCUGGAAGGCGGUUCGACUGCGCUGGUGAAGCGGGAGGCCGGCAAACAGCUCGCCGACCUAUGCGCCUCGCACACGCGCCAGCUCCCGGCGUUCCUCUGGCAGAUCGCGCCCUUCCUCACGUCGCCCUCAUGGGACACCCGCGCGGAGGCCGCCGGCGCCCUCGGCCUCAUCGCGCGGCACUACCGGCACCCCACCGGCGACGCCAUGCGCGCCGCGGCGGGCGACGCGCCCGCGCCCGUCAAGCGCGAGGACGGCGACGCGGGCGCCGCCCCGGCCGUGGUCACCGACGGCGGCAUCGGCCGGCUGUCCCUCGCGAACCUGCGCGUGACCGACAUCCUGGCCACCGGCGCCGAGCUGGUGAAGGGCGCGACCAAGGACCAGCUCGAGUGGGAGGCGCAGCUGCGGAGCAUGAAGCCCGAGGAGCGCCGCGAGCUGCUGCGGAAGCAGCUGGUCGAGGAGUUCGGCCUGGACCCCGAGGGCGGUCUCUCGCGGGCGGGCGUGGACGUGACGGCCAUGUUGGGGGUGAAAGUGGAGGACCUGGACGACACGGACGCGACGGCGGCGCGCGUGGAGCACCCGGACGCGGGGGAGGUCGUCGAGGGCAUGGCGGGGCUGACCCCGCGGGAGCGCAUGAUGAUGAAGCGCAAGCAGAAGCGGGCGGGGAAGGACGAGCGCGGCGGGAAGCGGCAGAAGGGCGCCGGGGGCGCGGGGGGGUCGCUGUUCGGGACGAUGACGGUCGAGCAGGACCUGGACGCGGAGUGGGAGCGGAUCUGCGCGGGCAGCUGGCCGUUCCAGGUGCUGUGCGACGAGCUGUGCCACGCGCUGGUCGACCCGGCGUGGGAGGCGCGGCACGGCGCGGCGGCGGCGCUGCGUGAGAUCCUGGUGCACCAUGCGCGGAGCUGCGCGGUGCAGUACGUGCCGGACGCGGGCGAAGUGGCGCCGUUCAGUGACGCGGGCGAGCCGCUCGCGGCGCCGAUGGGCGCGGACGCGGCCGCGGCGUCCCUCGCGCGGCACACCGCAUGGGUGGAGGACUGCGCGUGCCGCCUGAUCGCCGUGCUCGCGCUGGACCGGCUGUCCGACAUCCAGGCGUCGCGCGUCGUCGGGCCUGUGCGCGAGACGGCUGCGCAGGCCCUCGGGUCCCUCGGCCAGGCGUUCUCGGAGCAUCAGGCGCGGCUGGUCGUCGAGGCGCUGGCCACGCUGUGCGAGGCCGACCCGUGGCCCGCGCGCCAGGGCGGCCUGCUCGGCAUCAAGUACCUCCUCGCGAGCGCCGCCGUGCCGCGCGCCCUCGUCGUCGACCGCGUCGUCCCCGUCCUGCGCGACCGCCUGUCUGACAAGGAAGACGCCUGUCAGGUCGAGGCUGCCGAAGGCCUCAACACGAUCCUCGAAGUCCUCACCGGCACGGACCCCGCCGCAGGCCCCCACCCCGACCUCCCAGUCGUGCUCGAGAAGAUGUGGGGCUCGCUGCGGACCGCCGACGACCUGGACCCGUUCUGCGCGUCGUCGAUGUCCUCGCUGUCCAAGGUCUACGAGCUGCUGCUGGACGCGCGCGGCGGGGCGGGCGAGUGCGAUCCCGCGCGGCUCGCGCUCGCGUCCGCGGGGCUCGCGGACCGCGCGCCGCGGUGCCUGCCGUUCCUCGCGCACCCGAUGGCCUACGUGCGGCGGGCAGCGGUGCAGGCGGCGGGGCGGCUGUGCAGGAUGCCGAACGCGGCGGCGCUGUGGCUGGACGCGGCGCUCCCGCGCGUACUGAGCGCGCUGCUGCUCGCGAUGCUGACGGAGGAGGACGGGGGCAUCCGCGCGGAGUGCGGGCGCGUGUGGCGGCACUCGCUGGCGGCAGCGUCGCCCGGCGCGGUGGAGGGCGCGUGCGCGGCCUCGACGGUGCGCGCGUGGUUCCAGGUGUGCGCGACGCCGGUCAACCAGCCUCCCGACCGCGAGGCGCUCGACGUCGUGCGCGACAUGGCGGGCGGCGAGAAGGGGCAGCGGAGGUGGCGCAGGGCUGCGGCGUACGUGCCCGGCGCGCAGGGGGAGGCGCAGAUGCUGUGCGGGCUGCUGACGGUCGCGACAGCCCUCGGAGAGCUCGUCACGCCGCGCACGCCGGCCGCCGGCGACCUGGUGGCGUCGCGCGCAGCACAGCUGCUCACCGCACCCUCGCCGAGCUUCUGUGGCCGGCUGCUCGCGGCGUCCACUCUCGCCGCGGCGGGGGACUGCUCCGGAGCGGCAGAGAGCAGCGCGCCGUCGCGGUUCGCCGACGUCCUCGCCCGGCACCUGGCGGCAACCAGCGCGCUCGCCGCCGCGGACGUUGGGUACGUGGAGCUGCAGGGGUGGCUCGAGACGCUGCGCGCGCAGGCGCUCGCGCUGCGCACGCUCGUAGCCAAGCUCGGCGUCGACCUGCCCGCCCCGGCGGGGAUGACGUGGGACGCGCCGACCGCCGCCGGGUGUGCGCAGCUGGUUGCGGGCCCCUGCCCGGAAGCCUCGGACGCAGAGCUCGCGAACUCGAUCAGCACGUCGUGGUUCCAGGUCGGCAAGAGCGCGAACGCGGUGCUGGACUACGGCGAGCGCAUCCAUCGCGCGGUGCUCGCCGCGGUCGCGGACGCGCGGCUGCGGUCGGGCCCGCUGCCCGACAAACUGGCGGGCAUCAUCAAGCCGCUGAUGGCGUCGGUGCGCCAGGAGGCGGACAGCACGCUGAGCGACAGGACAGCGGAGGCGCUCGCGUCGCUCGCGGUACGCGCGGAGGGCCAGAAAGCCGCGGAGAAGGUUGUGGGGAACCUGUGCAAGAUGGCGGUGGCGGUGGCGCCGCGGGCCGACGCGAGCGGCGCGGUCGCGGCGGCCGAGGGCGUCCAGGGCCCCGCGAGCGCGCUGCGGGCGCUGCUGCGGCGACUCGGCGUGGAGGCGCCGCGGAGGGCGCCGGGGCUCUGGGCGGCGGUGUCGGGGGCGCUCGCGUCCGGUGGGCCCGCGCCCGACGCGAUGGGGCAGGCUGAGCUCGACACGCUGCACCUGCUCGGCACGCUGGCGUGCGCGUUCGAUGCCGGGCUCGCCCCGCAGAUCACCGCGCUGCUGCCUGCGUGCGCGGGCGUCCUGCGCAGCCCGGGGGAGGUCUUCCGAGCCACGGCGUCGCAGUGCAUCGCGAAGCUCUCCACGUGGCAGCCGGGGGAAAUCAUGCCGAAGGCCCUCAACCUGCUGUCCGCGAUGCUCGCCGACAUGACGUCGGAUGCCGCGCGGCGGGGCGCUGCAGAGGCGCUCACGUCGAUCAUCUCUUCGCUGGAUCCGACCGUGCUGGUUCCGUACGUGCCGCUGCUGCUGACGCCGUUCCUCGCGCGCAUGUCGGACCCCGACGCCGACGUCAGGCGCCUGGCGACGGGCGCGUUUGGGCUGGCGGUGCCGCUGCUGCCGCUGGCGCAGGGGCAGCCGCCGCCGCCGGGGCUGACGCCGGCGCAGGCGGAGCAGCUCAAGAAGGACUCCGUGCUGCUGGAGCAGAUCCUGGACAGGUCGCGGUGUGCGGACUGGCGCCCUCCGAUCGAGGUGAAGGCAGACCUGCGGUCGUAUCAGCAGGAGGGCAUCAACUGGCUCGCGUUCCUGCGGCGCUUCGGUCUGCACGGCGUGCUCGCGGACGACAUGGGGCUCGGAAAGACCCUGCAAGCGAGCAUCAUCGUCGGGUCCUCGAUGCACGACUACGCGGAGCGGCACCAGCGCUCCGGGCUGCCCGGCGAGGCGCCGCUGCCGUCGCUGGUGGUGAGCCCCUCCACGCUCGUCGACCACUGGUGCCACGAGGUGGCCAAGUUCAUCCCCGCGGACGUCCUCCGGCCGCUCUCGUACCAGGGCCAAGCCUCGGCACGCGCCGCGCUGCGCCCCUCCGUCGGCACCGGGCCGCAGGAGAGAAAUCUGGUCGUCAUGUCGUACGAGACGCUUCGCUCCGAGGCCGAGUGGGUCCGUUCCCAGCGGUGGGACUACGCCAUCCUGGACGAGGGGCACAUCAUCAAGUCGUCCAAGUCCAAGAUCGCCAUCGCGGCGGCCGGCAUCGUCGCGCGCCACCGCCUCCUGCUCUCCGGCACGCCGAUCCAGAACAACCUCCUGGAGCUCUGGUCCCUCUUUGACUUCCUCAUGCCAGGGCUGCUGGGCACCGAGAAGGAGUUCAAUGUGCGCUACGGGCGGUCGGUGCGCGUCGCGCGGGCGUCCGGGCGCGGCAUGAAGGACGGCGAGGAGGCGGUGCUCGCGCUCGAGGGCCUCCACAAGCGCGUGAUGCCCUUCAUCCUCCGCCGCACCAAGGGUCAGGUCCUCAAGGACUUGCCGCCGAAGACCAUCCAAGACAUAUUUGUGGAUCCCUCGCCGUUCCAGCUGCGGCUCCAGCGCAUCAUGGAGGACGCACGCGGCGCCGCGGGCCAGCCGGUGCCCGGGGACGCCAAGGCGUCCGACGGCGGCGCGCCCGCGCCCCCGCACGUGUUCCAGGCCCUGCAGUACAUGCGGCGCUUGUGCGCGCACCCCGUGCUGGCGCUGGACACGUCCUCGCCCGAGCACGUCCAGGCGAUCGAGGAGGACCUCGGCGUGUCCGGCGCGGCGUCGAUGCCGCCCGACAAGCUGCUCGGCGCGACCCGCGCAGCGCUGCGGGAUCUCUCGCACGCCCCGAAGCUGCGCGCGCUGCGGGACCUGCUCCUCGGCUGCGGCAUCGGGUCGAGCUCCGACGAGGGCGAGGACGGCGCGGGGGCCGAGGGCGGCGGCGGCGACGCGGGGCACCGCAUCCUGGUGUUUUGCCAAGCCAAGGCCCUCCUCGACAUCGUGGAGGACGACGUGCUGCGGCCGCUGGGGGCAUCAUGGGUGCGUCUGGACGGCAGCGUGGAGGCGAGCCAGCGGUUCGGCGUGGCGCAGACGUUCAACAACGACCCGUCGGUGGACGUGAUGCUGCUGACGACGCACGUGGGGGGUCUGGGGCUGAACCUGACGGCGGCGGACACGGUCGUGUUCCUGGAGCACGACUGGAACCCGCAGAAGGACCUCCAGGCGAUGGACCGCGCGCACCGCAUCGGGCAGCGCCGCGCGGUGAACGUGUACCGGCUGUUGACGCGCGGGACGCUCGAGGAGCGCAUCAUGUCCCUGCAGCAGUUCAAGCUCGACGUCGCGGGCGCGGUCGUCAACGCGGACAAUGUGUCGAUGAAGUCGAUGGACACCUCGAAGCUCCUGGACCUGUUCGGCUCCGGCGGGGGCGAGGUGGGCGAGGCCGCCGCGGCGGGCGACGCGACGGGCGUCGACGCGCUCGGAGAGGUCACGGCGGGGAGCAAACAGCGCAAGGGCGGGCUGCAGGCGAUGCUGGAGGAGCUCGACAAGAAGGUGGCCGACGAGGAGCGGUACGCGGAGGACUUCGACGUGGCUGCGUUUGGCAAGCGGCUGCGGGGGGGCGCGUGA